UAUCUCUUGAUUAGCGCGACAGUCGUCAGUGCGUGUUUGUUCCGCCAAGUCGAGUGGUGACCGGAGGCUGGCGCAUUUCCCUGCCUUUUCAAAACAGAUAAGCUCCGGUUCUAGCUAAUCCCAGAAUGAUGAAGCCACUGAUAAUAAUCGCGUGGCUGUUGGCCGCCAGUUGUUACUUAGUUAGCUCCCAGGAGCCAGAAGCCGUCGAGCAGGAAGUGGAGAAAUCAAACGAUGAGCACAACCUAGAGGUGGGUCAGAAUCGUCUAGCUGCCGAGGUGGAGGCCCUGCUGGACCACUUCAAGCAGGAGGACCCCAAGGGCCUGCCUGGCGCUGCCAUUGCCGAUCCGAUUGAGGUCCCCGAUGUGAAGAAGAAUCUCGGUAUGGCCACCCUGGACAUGAGGCAUGUGAAGGCCUAUGGUUCCUCCCAGUUCCGCAUAGACAAGCUGAGUGCGGACUUUAAGGACAUGAAGAUCAACGGUGGCCUGCAACUCGAUCAAAUGACGGUCAAGGGAGACUACCAGCUUGGAUCGUUCUUCUCCAAGGCCAACGGACCCUUCACCGUCCUCCUUAAGAAUGUGUAUGGCGAGGCAACGGCCCUGUUGGCAGUGGACCGCGAAGGACACCUGGCCACGGAUCGGAUCAAGAUCGACAUCACCUUUUCGUCCAUGACCAUGGACUUUCAGAACCUCGGCUUCCUAGGAUCGGUGUUUCAGGGCGUGGUAAACUCGGCUCCAAACCUGGUGUUCGAUGCCAUGAAGCCGUUCAUGCUGCAAGAGGCCGACAAGCAGCUCCGCAGUGAGAUGGACAAGUUCAUCCAGCAAUCGAUGGGGGACAGAAAGCUGCCCAACUCCAUUACCCCGCUGGACAGCGCCAUCGCCACGGCUCGCAAGAUGGUGCGGGAGAAGGGUUACGACCCGUACAAGUUGGCCGACAUGAACCGCACAAUGGGUGUGUUCAGUGUCCAGCUGUCCAACACCUGGAUUAGCGGCCUCUCCAGCUUCUAUCGCGUGGGCAACGUCACGGUGGCCAUGGCCAACAAAACGGUUGCCCUGAAGCUGCACCUGGGCACCCAGCAGCUGACUGGCGCUGGCCAGUGGGAGGUGGGACUGGGCCUGAUGACGCGCGUCGGCCAUGUCCAGUUCACAGUCCAACAUCUGCGCGCCCUUGUCGGCGUCAGCCAGUCGCUGGACACAACCAAGAGGCCCCAGAUCACCGACCUACAGUUCGACAUGGGCAACAUCCAGGUGAGAUGUGACGGAGCCGGGACCCUCGACUACAUAAUGGAGUUCGUGGUGAACGUGCUGCCCAAUCUGUUGCGCUACCAAAUCAUGGAUGCCAUCGAGAACCCCGUUAAGCAGCGCAUUCAGGAGCAGUUCAACAACAUCGACGUGGAGCAGGCCAUCAAGACCAUGGCCCAGAACUAUGAGGCCGACGGCAAAAACUUCAACUUUGACUUCAAAACGCUGGGAAUCUAAGGCGGUUGUUAGAUUUAAGAAGAACCACUUCGGUCUUAUCUCGAAUAAAGGUUUAUCCCUUUUCCAGUAA